AAUGCAUUCUGACAGAUCGGCCCCCGAGAUCGGAAGUUUGUCGUGCAGCAAUUCACUGAGGAAGACACAUUCAACGCCGCAGAGUAAUGCAGUUAAGGCAGCGUCAAGUCCAGCCGUCAACAGCAGGAAAAAGGAGAGUAUGGAGGACGUCGUCACGAAGGAAAUAGAGCGAAAGCUGUCUGCCAGCCCGAAGUCGAAGAAGACUUUUUUCGAUGGAUUUAGAGCGUCCUUUAGGCCAAGAAGAUCGCCCGAAGAUGAUCAUAAUAGUCUUACUUUAUCUGUUCCGCAGGACGGUGAAACAAAACUUUCUUGGACGGAAGCUCUAAAGCUUAAACGUCCCAGUUUUCGGAGGGAGAAAAAGUCCAACUUCAUUUUGGAGCACCCCCCUAAACCCACCAAUAAACCCGAAAGCAUCUACGAGGUCGCGCCGGUUUUUUCGCCCCAUCUCCAAGAUGUAACCGCUGAGGAAGGUUCAACGGCUGUUUUCACCUGCAGAGUAUGUGGUCGACCUAGACCCAAUUUAAUGUGGUUCGGUACAGACCAACAGGUUUUAGAGGAUUCCGAAAACCUAAAAAUAAACAUAGAAGAUGACGGAGAAGCAACAUUAUCCAUAUUUAAUGUGAAAUCUAAUCAUAUGGGUCAAUAUUCCUGCACAGCAACGAAUUCGGUCGGAAGUUUUACAAGCACUGCUAACUUAAUUAUCCAAAAUGAAUUCUCGGCACCGGAAAUCAAAGAAUACAAGAUAAGUUUAAAAAAUGAUGUUUGGAGUGUCGGUGCUCUAACUUUUACAUUAAUUUAUGGCCAUUGGGAAAAGAAGGGUGAAGAUUUAGGAGUUUCAGAAUACUGUAGAGAUUUCUGGACUAAAUGCCUUCAAUUGGAUCCAAUGAAUAGACCUUCUACAGCUGAAUGCCUUCAACAUAGUUGGAUCAAAUCUAAACCGGAAACCUAUUUGAAAACUAUCUUGCCAAAAAAGAAGAUAAUUGAAUUCCUUGAAAAGAAAUCCAAGAAUUCUAGGAAAUCAUGA